GGUGGAGGCCGCGGACUGAAACUCUAGGCCUAGUGGGGGCGGGCGGGAGGGAAAGCGCUUCAGAAGACUGGCGGCAGGUCGGAGCCCAGAGUCCUGCGCUAGCAGAUAGCGUGGGUGCGGCCCUUAUCCACCUCCCAGCCCCCGCCCCUGGGACGCCGGCGGCAUGAUGUGUUGAGACCUCUGUCUCCUCCUUUCCCCCUCAUUUUUCUCGUUCCUCUCGUGGGUGAGUCCUAGGCCCUGGGCGGGGACCUCACAGUUCCACCACCCCAUCCGCGGGCUCUGCCUUAGUUUCCCCUAAAGCAGCGAAUGGCCGGGGGUGGAACGCGGAACCCGCAGGUCUUCUGGAGAGCAGGGUGCUUCUGGUCAGCCUGUCCGUAUCGCCUCCACACCCGCAGGCUUCACCAUGGGCCGGACCGUGGUCGUGCUGGGCGGAGGGAUCAGCGGCUUGGCCGCUAGUUACCACCUGAGCCGGGCCCCUUGUCCUCCCAAGGUGGUAUUGGUGGAGGGCAGCGAGCGCCUGGGAGGCUGGAUCCGCUCGGUACGAGGGCCAGAUGGUGCUGUCUUUGAACUUGGACCUCGAGGAAUUCGGCCGGCGGGAGUCCUGGGAGCCCGGACCCUGCUCAUGGUUUCCGAGCUUGGCUUGGACUCAGAAGUGUUGCCUGUCCGGGGAGACCACGCAGCUGCCCAGAAUAGGUUCCUGUAUGUAGGUGGCGCCCUGCACGCCCUGCCCUCCGGCAUCAGGGGGCUACUCCGCCCUUCACCUCCCUUCUCCAAACCUCUGUUUUGGGCUGGGCUGAAGGAGUUGACUACACCCCGGGGCAAAGACCCUGAUGAGACUGUGCACAGUUUCGCCCAGCGCCGCCUCGGUCCUGAGGUGGCGUCUCUAGCCAUGGACAGUCUUUGCCGUGGAGUGUUUGCAGGCAACAGCCGUGAGCUCAGCAUCAGGUCCUGCUUUCCCAGUCUCUUCCAAGCUGAGCAAACCCAUCGUUCCAUAUUACUGGGGCUGCUGCUGGGGGCAGGGCGGGGCCCACAGCCAGACUCAGCACUUAUUCGCCAGGCUCGGGCUGAGCGCUGGAGCCAGUGGUCACUCCGUGCAGGGCUGGAGACAUUGCCUCAGGCCCUUAACACCCACCUGACUAGUAGGGGUGUCAGUGUUCUCAGAGGUCAGCCAGUCUGUGGGCUCAGCCUCGAAGCAGAAGGGUGCUGGAAGGUGUCUCUAGGGGACAGCAACCUGGAGGCUGACCACAUUAUUAGUGCCAUUCCAGCUUCAGUGCUCAGCAAGCUGCUCCCUGCUGAGGCUGCACCGCUGGCUCGUGCUCUGAGUACCAUCACUGCUGUGUCUGUGGCUGUGGUGAAUCUGCAGUACCGAGGAGCUCGUCUGCCUGUCCAGGGAUUUGGACAUUUGGUGCCAUCCUCAGAAGACCCAGGCAUCCUGGGAAUCGUGUAUGACUCAGUUGCUUUCCCUGAGCAGGAUGGGAGUCCCCCUGGCCUCAGAGUGACUGUGAUGUUGGGAGGUUCCUGGUUACGGACAUUAGAAGCCAGGGGCAGUGUCUUAUCUCAGGAGCUGUUCCAAAAGGAGGCAGAGAAAGCAGCUGCCACUCAGUUAGGACUGAAGGAGCCACCAAGUCACUGCUUGGUCCAUCUACACAAGAACUGUAUCCCCCAGUAUACUUUAGGCCACUGGCAAAAACUGGAGUCAGCUACCCAAUUCCUGGCUGCUCAGAAGCUGCCUUUGACUCUGGCCGGAGCCUCGUAUGAGGGGGUUGCUGUCAAUGAUUGUAUAGAGAGUGGGCGCCAGGCAGCAGCCCGUGUCCUGGGCACAGAACCUAACAGUUGAUCCUCAAACCCCACUUCUUCCUGCCCCUGCUGACAGGGAUUCUCUCACCGAUGAAAAUAAAAGGUGCUGGAGCUUG